AGUCUUGCUUCUCUGGGCCUAGGUAUUUCAGCCUCUUAUUUAGGGCGGGAGUGAGAGAGAGAGAGGCGUUAGCUAGGGUUUAUGCGCGGGUUCUACAUUCUAGCGAUCUAAAUUCACAGGAUUCACAGAGAAAAAUGCUUUGCAUUUGGAUAAUGCGUCUCGGAUGCCCGUCCAGCGCCUUCUCCUUUGCUACCUCUCCAGGUUUGGCGGACAGAUUUGCCGUCUGGUGUUCUUGAGCUUGCCCUGGCGAUGGCGAGCCCUGUGAUUGUCGAUCUAGCUAGCGCCGUGCCGAUCGUCGAGCCGGCGGCGGAGUCAGAGGACGAUGUCAUGCCACCGAUUAUGCAGUUCAUGUACUUCCACAAGGCGAUUCGAGCGGAAUUGGAGAAAUUGCACGGCGAUGCUCUGCAAAUAGCCAAGGGCAGCGACCAGGAGAUCAAAGGACUGAUCCGGCGCUACCAAUUCCUGCGCAGUGUGUAUGAGCACCAUAGUAGCGCAGAAGACGAGGUAAUUUUGCCAGCGCUCGAUCUUCGCGUUAAGAACGUCGCGCAUUCGUAUUCCUUGGAGCAUCAAGUGGAGGGCAACCUUUUCGAGCAGCUUUUCGAGCUUCUCAACGCGGUGCUCGCGGUUAAAGACGAUGGUUUGAAGGAGAGCAUCCGGAAUGUUGUGUGCUGCACGGAAGCACUGCUAACGACUCUUGUCCAGCAUUUGUGCAAAGAAGAAGAACAAGUAUUUCCUUUACUUGUGAAGCACUUCACUUAUGACGAACAAGCCGCGCUCGUUUGGCAGUUUCUCUGUAGUAUACCGGUGAACCUGAUGGAAUUGUUUCUUCCCUGGCUGGCUUCGUCCCUAUCACUGGAAGAUCGAGACCAAAUGAUAGCUUGUAUGCGGAGGAUUGUACCUAGUGAACACCUUCUCCAACAGGUGAUUUUUGCAUGGCUAAAAGGAAGGGAGACUUCGGGCACGAAAAUGUCAAGUAUGGAACAGGAGGCCUUACAACCGGAUGACUUAUCAGGAGACCACCAACGCAAAUUUCCUAUAAACAAAUUGCUUUUGUGGAACGAUGCUAUCAAGAAGGACAUGGAGAGGCUCGCGGAGGAGGUUAAACUAUUGCGGUCUGCGUCGCCAUCUACAUUGUCUUCGUUCGUGGACCGGCUGAGGUUUCUGGUCGAAGUGUGUAUCUUCCAUAGUGCUGCGGAAGAUAAAGUACUCAGUCCGGCAGUUGGUCAGAGAGCAAACGUUGAAGAAGAUAACCAACACCUGGAAAUGGUUCAACGUUUAGCGGAUGGCAUUCUAGCCAUUGGACACCUUGAAGGGAAAGCCGAUGAGCUUUGUAUUGAGGUAGAGUACGUUAUUCAAACCAUACGGGAGCACUACUUCAACCCGGAGCUCAAGUUGAUUUCUCUCGCUCAAGAGCAUUGCACGAUUGAGGAGCAACGUGUUCUUUUAUACCGAAGCCUAAGAGUUAUGCCUUUGAGAAUGCUUGAACGAGUUUUACCUUGGUUUGUGGAAAUGCAAAGUGACAAGGAAACCAGAGAUAUGCUGCACCAUAUGUGUCUGGCAGCACCGGUUUCUGACAAGCACCUUGUUGCGCUCUUUUCCGGCUGGGCAUGCAAGGGGUACCGUCAAAACUCAGACAGUUUCAAGUGUAUAUAUUCCGGGGAAGCACACGAGUGUCCUGUGAAAAUGCUGGAGCUUGAGCAGGUCAGCAAUGAGGAAAGUACUUCGUCUGCCGGCUCUACAAGGUCAAAGCGCCCUCGAGAUGUUGGAGACAGUGAAGGCUCUUCGACGUCUUGCAAAAAUGCUGUAUUGAAGCAGUGUUGCGUCCCAGGACUGGGAAUGAAAUGUCCAAACCUUGGGAUUGCCAGAGUUCCUGUCCGCAAGCCGCUCAGCUCUCCGAAAAGCUCUUCUUUGGGAUGCAGUCUCUUUGGUUGGGGGAAAGUUGACAGCACGUUACCAGUAGAACCAAAGCCGAUCGACCAUAUAUUUCAGUUCCACAAAGCCAUUCGGAAAGACAUGGAGUACUUGGACUUGGAGUCUGCCAAGCUAGACAGUUGUGACGAAACGUUCCUCAGGCAGUUCACUGGACGGUUUCACUUCUUAUGGGGUCUCUACAAAGCCCACAGUAACGCCGAAGACGACAUCGUUUUUCCAGCCUUGGAAGAGAAAGAAGCUCUUCACAACGUCAGCCACUCGUACUCGUUGGACCAUAAACAGGAGCAGCACCUUUUUGAAGAGAUUGCGAGAUUUCUGGAAGAGUUAUCACGUCUCUAUAUCCCGGAUUGCCUGCUCGAGAAAUCGAACAUCAACGCUAUUCGAGAGAAACGGGGAGACUUGGCUCAGAAGCUUCAAGGCAUGUGCAAGUCCGUCCGGUGUAGCCUGGAUCAUCAUGUUGCAAGGGAGGAACUUGAACUCUGGCCUCUUUUUGACAGGCAUUUCACUUUUGAGGAGCAGGAUAGGAUAGUUGGUAGAAUAGUCGGGACUACAGGUGCAGAGGUUUUACAAUCAAUGAUCCCAUGGGUUACGGCGGCUCUCACAGAUGGUGAGCAAACUGGGAUGAUGGAGUCUUGGAGACAAGCUACGAAAAACACGAUGUUUGACAAAUGGCUGAGCGCGUGGUGGGGAGAUAGCUCACUUAAGUCGUCUCCCUCGUCUCCUCCAGCUACAAGGGAUCCUUCGACACCACCUUCCGGCUCUAGCGAGUCCUUGCAACUGGUGGCUGAUUACUUUGCCAAAGAUUCGACAAAGGAGUCUACCGUGCAAGACGACGAAGGGGAGUCGGGCGAGACUCUUGAGCCGGAAGAACCUGGUGACUCUGAUACUAAAUCUGAAAGCUGCAAAAGUUGCUCAAAGUACGAUGCCGCUCAACACUGCUGCAUGAGAAGUGACGAGAAGGACAAACCGCAAAAGCUUGAAGCGGACACAGGAAAGUUUAAACCGGGAUGGCAGUACAUCUUUAGAAUGAACCAGAAGGAACUAGAGGCUGCCAUCCGUAAGGUUUCUAGUGACAGUUCCCUGGAUCCUCGGAGGAAAGCGUACCUUAUACAAAAUUUGAUGACCAGUCGCUGGAUUGCCGCUCAGCAGCAUUCUUUACAAGAAACAGAUACGUCUGAAGACAUUCCUGGGCGCAGCCGGUCCUAUCAUGAUCCCGUCAAAGGUAUAUACGGUUGCGAGCACUACAAAAGGAACUGCAAGAUUCGGGCCGCUUGCUGUGGCUCGCUUUUCGUUUGCCGGUUUUGUCAUGACAGAGCGAGUGACCAUCCCAUGAACAGCAGGCAUGAAACGAAGGAAAUGCUGUGUAUGCAGUGCCUUGAAGUACAACCAGUCGCAGAAUCCUGUCACAAUCCUGAAUGCUCCGGCUUCAGAAUGGCCAGGUAUUACUGCAACAUUUGCAAGUUCUUCGAUGACGACACAAGGGACAUCUAUCACUGCCCCUUUUGCAACCUCUGCAGAAAGGGGAAGGGCCUGGGCAUCGACUAUUUCCAUUGCAUGACCUGCAAUGCGUGCAUGCACGUGUCCUUGAAGGACCACAAGUGCAGGGAGAAAGGCCUGGAAUCGAACUGUCCGAUUUGCCAUGACUUUCUCUUCACAUCAAGCAGCCCCGUGAAAGCUCUUCCUUGCAAUCACUUCAUGCACUCCGACUGUUUCCAGGCAUACUCUUGCUGCCACUAUACAUGCCCCGUCUGUUGCAAAUCCUUGGGAGAUAUGGCGGUUUACUUCGGGAUGCUGGACGCUUUGUUGGCGGCUGAGCAACUUCCGGAGGAAUACCAGGGCCGCGUCCAGGACAUACUCUGCAACGAUUGCGAGCAAAAAGGAACAGCGCCAUUCCACUGGCUAUACCACAAGUGCCAAAAGUGUGGCUCCUACAACACGAGGACAAUCUACGACGGAGGAUCUCACAGAUGAUCCUAAAAGUUUGGAGAGAAAAAUGGCCAAAUUUUUUAGAAGAAAAUAAACGAAACGACUGUACAUCUCAAUUGAAGCGAAUAUACUGUGACAUGAGUGGAUA